GUUUGCUUUUAAACGGCUUGUGUGAUAAUGAUAUAAUUGAACGGGUGAGUUGCGUGGCGCAACACCGCCCAGGAUUCGGUUUCACUCGAUUUUCUUCUAUUUUCCAGUCGAACAAAACAAACCGUACGUACCUACAUAUUACUGUAAUAGUUUUACGUAUAAUGCGCUAUUGGCUUACGGUAUACCAGUAUAACGAAAUUAUUCGGAUACGAUAUUUCAGGAAGCUAACAAAGGAUGAAACGAUAACAUAAUUUAGUAGAAUAAUAUUCGAAAUUAACAUGGUCCACAAAGACUAUUUACAGUUCGCGCUUUGAUGUUAUUUGCUUCUCUUAUAUCCUAUUAUUUUGUCUUUUGCGUUCAGAACAGCAACUGCAGGAUUAAACAACGAGCUUUAUUAAUAUUCAUUAGUUUUGAAAAACUAAAUAGAACGAAUAUGAAAACAAAUAAUAUUAAGAUAUAUUAAUUUUAGAUUCUGAAUAGAGCGAAAAAACUAUAUUAUUUAGUUCUCUAGGAAAACUCUUAUUUUCGGAAAAAUUCUCCAAUUUUUUAUUUUAAGGGAUGCGGAAUUUCCACCUAUCGGUACUUGAAUUUAAAAAAUCAAUCAAUGUUAAAAGAAAAUUAUAAAAGACGGACAUUCUUCACUUGUCCACUGCCGAAGGUGAAAAGUUGGGAAGGUAGGAUAUAGAGAGAAAUUGAAUGUAUAUUUGUCCGCAAUAAUUAAUCGUUGCUAACGAAAAACAACUUUAAGUAGAGUUCGGUUACACGAUUUCGUCAAAGUGUAGUAAUAAAAUUGUUUGUAAAAAAAUGUUUACAUUACAGAUAAGUUUUUUAACCAAAAAGUACGACUUAUAAACCGCAUGUUUAAUGUUUUAAGCAUUUCUAUUCGGUCUAACAAUUCUAUCCACAGAGUACCAACUGAAUAAAAAUUAUGUAAAAAAUUCACAAAAUUAAAACGUCUAUAAAUAGUUAAAAAAUGGCACAAAUAUUUUGAAAAUUUUACUAUUGUCGUUUUGUUAUUGGAACAUUAUUUUGGUAGGAAACAUAAAGCGUACAAAUUUAAAAUAAUGAAAUCGGUAGUAACGCCGUAAGUUUGUAAAAUUUUUAUUUUCCGUCUUUUUUUUUUCCCCCCCAAUUAUUAUGAAAACUAUAUUUAAAAUAAAAAAAUGACCUCUCUAAAGUAAAGUACCAACUAGAUGCAAUAUCCUAUUAGAAGAAAAAGUACUACACUUGAUACAUCGGUGCAAGAUUUUUGGUAGAAAUUUUGUACACAAUAUAAAGAAAUAAAAAUAAUGAACAUCAUUGUAAAAUUAAUACAUUCCUCGAUUCGCUCAGAAUUUUAUACAGCUAUGAGCUACUGAAAUCCAUCGCAAUAUAGUCGACUUUAUCCUCAACUAUUAUGUAUUGUAGAAAUAUAUUCAAUGUACAUAUCGAAUAUUACACAUGGAAUUAUAUACAUUUAUACAAUAUAUAUAUUUAUAAUAGUUUACUAAAAUAUAUACUUGGAAAAAUUGUGUAUUCAAGCAUAAAAAUAUUGGGGGGAGGAGGUUGAAAGCUGAAACCACCAAAAGGAAUAGGUAAUUUAUAUUAAGACUGACCAUACACAAAGUGUCAUCCCCCAUGGUUUUAAAUUGCGGGAAGGGUCUACUCAGCCACAUCAUAGUGAUAUUCAUUUUGAAAUUUCGUCCAACUUAUUAUCGCUUAAAGUGGUCUUUAUAACAAUUCUAAUUUUUGAGUUUAAGAUAAUUUGGUUCUGAUGGAGCUGUGAAAAGUGUUCAAAAUUAGUGGGAAAGAGGUAUACAGUGAUCAGAAUUUUAUGUUACAUCAAUUUUUUUUUUUAUAAAUAUGCAAAAUCAAGAAAAUGUUUGGUAAAAAGUUCUAUUAAACAAUAUGAGUAAAAUAUGAGUAAAAUUAGAAAAAACGAACAUCCACAGGCACGAGGACACGUGCAUGUGCGUAUUGUUUAAUGCAGACACAUCUGCUAUAUCGUCCCAAUUAUGAUUGUAGUUGUAUAUUUCAUUUGGAUUGUCAAAAUCAUUUUGAAACUUGGUAUACAUCUUAUUCAGAUGUUCCAAUCACCAAGUACGAUAUUAUUUAAUGAGAAACCAUUUUUUUCGACCGUGGUACUCGACGUGAUUUUGAAAGACGCGACGCGGUAUCGCGGCGCAUCUAUGAAAAUAUAACGCCAGCAAUUCGUUAAACGAAGACAACUCACUUUAAUAUUUUUAAAAGCGAUUUAUUUUUCGAUGCGGAAAAAAGAGACAAUGGCGUGCUACGAUACUUAAUUUUAAAUUCAAUAAUCGAGUUUUCUAUAUAUUUACACGUACAUACAUAAAAUCGCUUUAAAAACAAUUUGUGUGGUAGGUACCUCCUAUAAAUAAUAAUGCAAUCGUAUUUAAAUCGAUGGUAAUAUUAUAAUGUUGUAAAAUUGAUCGAAAUAAUGUUACAAACGAACGGCUUUCGUUCUUUUCGAAACACAAUAAAGCAAACGGAUAAUCGAAAAUAUUAUUCGCCAAUGCGACGAAGUCAUGAAAUCAUUUACAGAUUAAAAUUGAGCUUUUUUUUUUCUUUUUAUCUUAAGAGAUUACAAUUAUUAUACCAACUAGAAUAAUAUUAAGCAGCAAACAAAUUAUCAUCAAUUGACUUUUGAUAUGAAAUUAAACUGAUCAUUGUAUGCGUUAUACGUGCGGUAGUUAUAUUUUACGAAUGUUUUACUGACGGAAUAAUGUAACAAUAUCAGUAUAAAGUUUAUUUUUAAGCCUUUAAAUUAAUAAUUUAUUAUACAUUCAAACUGUAAACUGACGGCCGUGUAUGCGCAACAAUGAGUGUGAAUAAUGGUGUAUUCGUUUACUGCACGGGGGCUAAGUUUGUUGAUAUUUUCCGUAUAUGUAUAAAUAGUUAUUAAGUUUUACGUUUACUUUGGAUGGGCGACGGAAUAUUAAUGUUCCCUCAAGAUAAACAUAUCAUUCGAAUUUGUAUUGUCCGCGUAGAUAUUUUAUAUACUACGCAGAAUUACGAUAUUAUUUUACUCUGUAUAUGUCAUAAUAGUUAUGAAAUAUUUGAAUUUGUUAUAAUAGUAAAUCCCAGUGUUUGGAAAGAACGCAUUCGAUAUUUCGUGAACGGUUUAUGGACGCGUUCAAUUAUUGGACGAACGCGAAAGAUUUUUUUUCGUUUGGUUAAAGUUAAUUUGAUUUAAAAAAAAAAAAAAAAAAAAAAAAACGAAAAUAAUGAUUAUGAUAUUAUCAAUGAAUUAUCUCAUGAAAAUAAUAAAAAUUAUGUUGCAUUUCACAAUUUUGUGACACCACGACAUCGCUAAUUGUAAUUUGUAAAGAAAAUAUGCUAUCUAUCGAGAUAGGUAGUAUUGUUUUUCAUUUAACUGAUGUUACCAUUGUUAAUAAGAUUACUCUAUGUACUAAACUAUUAUUCUGUGUUUACAAAAUUAAACUGUUAUCAAUGUUCAUUAUUUACUAAGAUUGUUAAAUAACACGUAUUAUUUCGUACAUUUAAAUCUACUUAUUCAUUUUUACCUAGGACGCAGACCUUUGAAUUUUGAAUGAGUUCAUUCUUUUAAUGAACGUGGACGAUUUCUUUUAAAAAAAUAUAUAAACGUGAUAUAUAUGAAAGCGUUCCUUUUAUUGUACAAUGAACGUAAACGUUCCAAGCGAUGAGACGAUGAGACGUUAUUAUUUUAAUAGCCAGUAUCAUCACUAUAUUAUAUUAUAUUAAAAGUAUAAUGUUUCAAUAAAAUGAAAUAAACAACAAAAAUUUUAAUAAAUGUUAAGUAUUUUUUAAAGAUUCUUAGUGUGGGUUUUUUUUUGUUUAGUAAAAAGUAUUCAAGCCAUACUUUAAAAGAUAUGGAAUUUCCUCCCGGUAGUAUAUUAUUUGAAAAAUGUAUUGAAAUCUCAGCAAUUCAUUCAGUUUCUUUUUGUUUUUGAUUUUUCGUUAGGUCUUGGUAAUAACAGAAAAUAUACUAUUAAUACUACUUCGCUCAGAAUCGUUUUUCCUUAGCAAUAUUUGUUCGUUAUGUACAAAUAUAAAUUAAAUAUCUUUUUUUAUUCUGCCUUCCGAAUUUCUCACCUACAACCGUGGCACACUAACCGAUUGACUGUCCCUAGUAGCUCUUUUUUUUAAAUUUAAAAUUAUAUUCCCGAUCGGUACUUAAAAAUUCAAUGUUCAAACGAAUAAAUCUCAAUCGAAGAGUACGCCAGUACGUGUUCAAAAAUGAUAAUUAUCGCAGAUGAUUGUGUAUUUUAUAGCGAUGCUAAAGAUAGUAAGAUGAUAAGAUUAUUGUAGCGAUUCGAGUAUUGUACAUUUUUAUCAAUGAUUACCAAAUGUUUUUAUUAAUUAAAAUAUUUUCACUGUGUCAUAUUUUCAAUUAAACAAUAUAAAAUAUUUUAUUUAAAAAAAUAAGGUCGGAUAUAAUUGUACGCGUUAAAAAAAUAAAUAAAUCGAGAGAAUUUUAUUCAUUCAAUUUUAAAAUAUAAUAUAUUUUUAAAUGACAAUCAUAUUAUUAUUAUUAUAAAAAACGACGUGCUAUAAUCAAUCGUUGGCCUUGUAUCUGAUAGAAUCGCGGAAAUUUUGAGUAUAAAAACGUAAAACACCGAUUGGUAUAUAUAUAAAAAAAAAAACGCAAACUCUGAAAAUCGCUAAAAAGUUUCAAUUGGAAUUUGCUGAGAUCAAAACAUCAUACUACAUAUUUUUUUCAAAUUUAAAUUUCAAAAGACAGAUAGAGACAAAAUGUUAAUAGACGUAUACAUGUAUACAUACUCGUAAUAUAUAUUAGGCUUUGAAACACGUUAUGUGUUUACUUUAGGAGAUUUGAAACCACGAUAUUUCCUUAGACCAAAUUUCGUCAAUCGGGAUCCAAUCGAGUAUAUCACUAGCGAUGUGGUGAUAAGAAUUUUAGAAACAGAUUUAAAUUCAGCGUAAUAUACACAUAUAUGAGAUCGGUCAGAUCUGUACUAAACUGAAUUUUAAUUUUUAUAAUUUACGAAAAUAUUAUUCUUAAAUUUAAGUAACCGACAUACUUUGCGCUAUAUGGAUGGACAUAGAUAGCUGUUGUAAGUGGGAAAUUGUAAAAAUGUAUUAUAUACAUAUAUGCGGUGGUUUAAUUUUUAACUGUAAGCAUCGAAAAAUGAUUCUGAGCGAAACUAGGUUAAAUACAUUUUGAUAAAUCUAAUUACUUUGAAACUAUAAAAUAAAUUACAAGUAUGUUCGUGUUUUUCACGAUCUAAACUUAAAACAUUAACAAAACAAUACAAAAAGUAUAACAUGUUUACCCAUAUUAUAAAACAAAUAAAACUAGAAAUUUUCAAAUAGUCCUGUGUGCAAAACCGAGACGUUGAUAUCUAUACGAUGGUUUACAUGUAAUCUCAAAAGUGAGUGCACAAUACAAAAGUAUUUUCUAUAUACUGUUAAUUAGAUGACGGGUUAAAAAUCGUUAUAUUGUGACAUCCUAUUAACUUUGCACUUCAAUUGUACCUAUAUACAAUACAAGCAAUUUUACACAGCUGCAGUUAAUUAUUGAAUAUCACAAUGAAUAUUAGAAAAUGAUGAUGUAGUCUUUAUUGUAAUGUCCAUUUUUACUAUGUUUAGUUUUAAAACCGAAAGUACAUUGAAAGUACAUCUAUAUAACAUCAGACGUUGAGAGAAGUUACACAUAGGUAGUUAUUAUAAAUUCAGUUUUUAAAGCUUAUAGUGCUUAUACUAUAUGGGGCUUCACUAUCCGACUUCGGUAUCUACUCGUCCAAAGAGUUUGUAAUAUUUAAGAGUUGGAAACAUUGAGACACGACCUUUUUCGAUGCACCCUAUGAUAUGAUAAUGGAUUAGAAGUUGGGAAAUGUAGUUACAACAUUUUCCGUUGCCAUAGGCGAUUUGUGUAACGUCAUCGUCAUAAAGUAUUACAAAUGCCUUUUGAUUUGAUUAAUUAUUAAAAUAUUGUUAAAUUCAUUUAAGUAAUUAAUGAUUUUACUUUUUAACGUUUUUUGUAUUGAAUACUUUUAAAAUUUUCAAAUAUUUUUUUUGAAGUUGGAAAUUUUGAAUUUGAAACAGAAAUAAAAUGCGUUAACAUUAAUUGAGUAGUAUUCAGUUAUUUGUUUAGUAUUUUUAUAAUGACUGGUAGGUAUGUAAGUUGUUUUUAUUUUAAUAAGUAUUUGAAAAGUAGUCAGUAUUCAGUAUAAAAACCCAGUCUCGUGUUCCUGCAGUAAUUGUACCAAAUUUUUGCCAACAUUUGGGUAUAAUUACAGCGUGUGUCGUGUUUCCGUUCAAUUUGCGCAUACCCAUACACGGCGUAAGUCGUAGUUCUCCAUCACUAUCGGCAAUGCUAAUGUUGAUCAGUAAGAAGUGGAAAUAACUGCGAUGAUAAAUAAAAUGAAAACAUAUUUGAGCGGGGUCUGUGUAUAAAAAACUUGUGAUUAUACCUAUAUAUUCUAUUAUAGCAAAACGAAUACAAUCCAUCAUAAUGUUUAGAAUCUAAAAAGUGUAAAUGAAAAUAAUCAAAUUUGAAAAAUUGCCCUGGCCGGUUUCGUAAAUGCUUCAUCGCUUUAAAUUUAAUUCCGUUUUCAGUAUUCUUAUGGCUUAUUCACUAUCGAUCGGACUGGAUUGGUUUUCAACUAUCAAACGAAAAUAUUGGUUUCAAUUACCUUUAACACAAUUUUGUUAUUUAAUAUUUUAAUCUAUAAUCUACGGGCUUAUUUUGAAAGCAAUGACAGAAUGUAGAUCUACAGCCACUGUUAAUGACAAAACAAACGGUACAAUAUUAUUUUAACAUAUAUUUUAGGUGUUUUUGACAUUGAACGGUUUUGUGGUUUCUCAAAAUAUUAAUUGCUAACAAAAUGUAAAACUAAACUUCUGCACUUCAACGUUGCACGAAAAUUGAAUUCAGGUAUAUUAUGAUGGCCUGUAUUAUAGGUUAACUUUUCAAACCACAAGCCGUAGUAUCAAAUAACUGUUAUUAUACUAUAAUAAUAUAUUAGCUGUCCUUACCGGCGUUACCCUGGCCACUUUUUUUGUUAGAACAAAUUGUUUUGUGUAAAAAUUAGUAGUAAAAUAAUAUACUAGCUUUAUUAUCCAUGAUUUUGCUUUGUACAAUUUAGUGUGUGUAUGUAUACUGUAUCCCCUAUUUUUGCCCUGGUCAUGAUUUAAAAUAAUAUCAUUGCUCAUCUAUCUCUAUAUCGCUCAUAUGAUAAUCUUACUUACAUUACCUACCUAUCUUACCUACCUUAAAUCUAAUACAAAUUUUCGAUCUGUUUUUAUCAUUUAAAGCGUAUGAAUAUUCAACCAUUAUCAUUAAGUAUUUAUAUUAUUGAAGAACAUGGUAUCAAAAAUAUAGUCGAUAUUAUCUUAAAUUGUUGUGACAACCUUAAAAAUCUUUUAAAAUAGAUUACUAGAAGCGCUGGUAGUAGAUCAAAACAGCUGACUAAAUCUAAUCUGAAUUAAAUUUUGCUGUCACAAAUAAAUACAAUGACUCAUGGAUGGACAUCCAUAUUGUCUUAAAUCAUGGUCAAGAUUAAUGCCUACCGAGAACAUUUAAUCACGAAGCUUUUCGUCUUUCCGGAGAACCAACUGUUUGAGUUAAAUUAAUAGGUGGCUCUUUGGGUAGCUUACCUUUGAUAUUCCGGGGAAUAUUCCAUUUUGGUUUUAAAAUUACUCCCUUUACUGCCCUAACGGUUAGAAAGCAUUUCAACUAUCCCGGGAGUAUUAUCUUCUUUACUCCGCUUGUCGUUAGAGGCACAUUCCGCACAGCUUUGCUCUUGUUAGUAUAAAAUGAAAAUACAGUCUAUCACAUUUAAUCGUUGAUAUCCGUAGUAAUGUAAAAAUAUUCUAAAUAAUUGUAGUAUUGCGCGUUUUCCUUUCCGUCACAACAAAUUAUCGUCUAUGUUUCCAAGGUCAAAUCAAAACAAAAAAUUUAAUUUUUUUUCAAAAAACCCUAUAUCAGCUUGGAUACUUACGGUAUAAAAGGUACUUACUGUGAACAUUUGAAGUUUAUAACUCCAGGGGUUUUAUACUGUGUGUUUAUUCUUUGUCAACAAAUCAAUUAGUCAAGAAAAACCCGUUUAUACGUAUAGAUAAAUACAUUUAAAGCUUUUUAAGACCCGUACUAGUAUAGUAUCCGACAAAAUGAUCGCGUUUCAAAAUAUUAUUUUAUUAUUAAAUAGUGUAACAGAUGUUGGGUUACGUGAAAAUAAUACAACAAUACAGUGUUGUAGACACUAAUUUCAUAUGAGGUGAGAGAGAAAGAGACUGAGAGGAGGGGUUGGUGUAAUAAUUACUUCGAGUUCAUUAUUAUGAAGUUAUUCUAACCAUCUACAACCUGUCAUCGUCCAAUGCGUUAAUAUAAUUGAUGGUAUUUUAAAUAAAAAUUAUACUCAAUAAUAUCCUUUAUGUUUUUAUACAACAGACAGGUUGUGGUUGUCCUCAAAGUUCGCAUGUUCAUUGAAUGUCCGUAUAAUUUUUUAUACUUACGAAAUUAACUAAACAAUUUUAUGUAAAAAUGGUCAGAUUUUUUCAUACCAUACGUUGAUUUCUAACAGUUUAUACUAAACUAUUUUAAAACUAACAAUACAACGGUUAAUUUAUUUUUUAUUUUGGAGUUAACCAUCCUUUUGACUACAGCACAAAUUAUUUUGCAAAUUUUCGGUCUUUUUCAUUAGUUUUUUGUUUACCCGUAUAAAUUAUUGGACAGUGCUAUUAAAAAUAUAUAUAUAUAUAUAUAUAUGUACAAAAAUAACAUUAUAACAAUAAUAAUAAACACAAUCUAUUAUAACAUAAACACAUUAUUCACUUUGUGUUCUAGAUUUUUUUUUUUUUUAUGUUUGCACAUACCAAGUAAAUGAGUUUAUUUAUAUGUAUAACAAAUGGUUAAUAAUUUAAAAGUUAAUAUUUAAUUAUUUUGAAAAUAACGAGACUAAUUAUACAUAGACUUUAAUUUACUCGUUUACCGAACUCUGGUUAGAAUCGGUUUUUGAUUUCAAUCAUUGAAUUUGCUUUCAGCAUAUACACCAACAAUAAUAUACGUACACCUGAAAUCCUAUAUCUACCCAACUUUCCGGCCUACAACAGUGAUCUACUCGUGAUGCGAAUUAUGCACAGCUUUCUUUUUUAUUCUAUUUGAAAAUUAUUCGAAAAGGUUUAUGCUCGGUGACAAACGAAUCGAUUUCCCGGUGCGUAUUGUGUAAUUUAUAUUUGCGCAAUUUCUCAUGGUGUUCGUUUUCCACUCUCCGGGCAAAGGAAAAACCCUGCAGAAUAUGUUCUGUUUGCUGUGUACCUUGGCGUCGGGUUAAGCGGGCAAAGUUUCACAAGUUUCGCUCGAUUCCAUUUCACCCCAUCUCCCGCGCGUUGUUUUAGUUUGUCGUUAUUUUUCUUUCGUAUUAAAAUCUAAACAAAAACGACGACUACACACUCGGGUAGAAGAAUAAGAACAACAAUAAUUAUUAUUAUGGUUUUGAUUAAUUAGAUCAUUUGCACGCACAUUCGUCGUCACGGGAUUCGUUGAUUUCCGUUCGCGUAUCACAACUCACAAUCGCUGUAUAAUAUUUGCACAAGUGCAAUAUACGCAGUCUUAUAUUAUUAUUAUUGUUAUUGUAUAGGUAGGUAGUAAAACGAAUAUUCUCCAUUCGACCAUUGGCGAACAAUAUUUUAUUCUUUUAUUCAUUGUCACGGCCGUCGCUCGUCAUCGUUUCACUACAAUAAAAGUAAGAAAAAUCUCAAACUCACCCCUACGUAAUUUUUCAUAAAAAAAUCAACGGUGAUUUCUGAUUAAGUUUCAAUGACAUGAGCGAGUGAAUCGAGAUAGUUGAAGCAUUAUCAGGACAGUAGUUCACAAACCACUACUGAUUCACGAGAUUAUUCAUUUAUCGUGAACCGUCAUUUUUUUUUAGAGGAUAUAAUGAGAAUUUAAUUUCUUUUUUUUAAAAUCACUAUGGAAUUAUUUAAAAUUUGUUUUUAACACUAUUUACAACUUUUUACUCCUAUUGAUCAAAUGAGUAUUAUGCACUUUUGAGGAUAAACUUUUAAAAUGGAUAUUAUGAAGUUUAUUAUCCGCAUAUUUAAAAGUAGGACAUAAACUAUUUGAUGCAUUUUUACUAGAAAAAAUAAUAAAAAAUAAAGGAUCUAAGGGUAAUUUCUAAAAAUUUAAAAAAAUAUUUUAAGUAAAUGAUCAUCAAACUGAAAAUUCGCUUUUGUUGAGAUACUGCAUGAAAACUCGAAGUAGAUAUUUUUACUUAACAAAAGUUUUUUCUGAGAAAAAAUACAUUAGAGUACUAUUAUUGACUUAGUAAAAAUUAUAAAAUCUUUAAAAACGAUGUAAAAAUUAGCGAAAAUAUCUUCUGAUAGCGAUAAUGUACUCGAGAACAUUAUCCGAAAAUAUACCGAAUAAUGUAAAAUAAUUAAAUAUUAACUUUUAAAUUAUUAAUUAUUUUGUUAUACAUAUAAAUAAAAUCAUUUACUUGGUAUAUGCAAACAUAAAAAAUAAUCUAGAAAACAAAGUGAAUAACGUGUUUAUGUUAUAAUAGAUUGUGCUUAUUAUUAUUGUUAUAAUGUUAUUUUUGUACAUAUAUAUAAAUAUAUAUUUUUAAUAGCACUGUCCAAUAAUUUUUACGGGUAAACGAAAAAACCAAUGAAAAAGACCGGAAGUUUGCAAAAUAAUUUUUACUGUAUUUAUAUUAUUAAGAAAAUGUAAGUGCUCCACGAAUGUGUACCUGCAGUCUACAAGUAUGAUAAUAAGAAAUGAGACCAUUAUGGAAUAUUAUUAUUUUCGUAUUGUGUAGUUAUUAUUUGGUAAUAGUUAUCAAAUUACUUAUGAUAAAUUACAUAAAGUACUGAUCAUAAACACAAAAUACUUUUUUAACAGAUUUAAUAUAAUCUACACACCGUGAAAGUCGACGUUGUGGUUUUUUAUUGCACUCAUAUGUAGAUAAGAAUAGUGAUUAUACUAGUACACCAUUUACUGGUGUAGGGUAAGAAGGUCCAUUAAUGAUUCCAAAUUUAUUCGAUCCAACUCCCCUUCAUCGAGUUCCAUAAGUACACGGGACAGUAUUCUAAAUUAAUAUAAAAACUCUUUAAACCUACCACCGCCCUCUGGAUAGACUAUAGGUACCGCCCUCAUUAGGAAUCUCUACACUACACCGACUGCGGCAUAUUACCUGAUAAUAGACAAAAAAUAUGUAUACCAGUGUUAUCACUGUAUACACAGAUGUAAUCGGACGGAAAACGUUAUAAGGAUUCAAACGCACGUAUUGCAAUUAUUAUACGGUCACGUUCCUCCGUUGUCUGGUCAUUCGACCGUUGCAUAUAACAUCAAUGAUAAUAUAUACAAGAAAAAAAUACAAUAUACGAUAUUAUACAAUAAAAACCAUUCAACAAUAUUAUUCGUUCGUGUACGUGACUAGUUGAAGAGCUAAUAGAUAUAUUAUACUCGUAAUACAGUGGUGUUCGAAUUGGAAUAAAAUAAUUAGAAGGAGCAAAAACUAUGCGUACCAUUAGAUUUAAUUGUCUUCAUGUAUCCAAAAUGUUAAUAAUGCUCAUUCAAGACUGGAAAUAAGGGAUACAUAGAGGGGGGGGGGGUUAGCCUUGAAAAUUUAAAUUGCAGAGUCGACAAUUCGACAAUAAUUUGAUUUUAUAUCCGGCAAAACCAAUUAAUUUCUUAGUUUUUUGUAUUACCAUUAAAUUGUGUUUUUUAGAUUCUAAACGCAGAGAAGAAUUUGCUGUUUUUUUUUUUUUUUACACCGAUGAACAAACUUUUCCACCAAAAAUCUUACACCAGUCAAAAAAACACAAAAGAAUUUACACAAUUUUAGAUUUAAUUGGUGCAUUAAACGGUCCAUUAAAAAAAAAAAAUUCUUAUAGUAUUAUUCUUAAUAACUGAGGAAAACCGGGGAAAACGUAAGAAAAACGGAAAAGUUUACUGCAGUAACGGUUUCUUUAUUUAUUGUUAUAUUUUUUAUUUGAAUACGUAAAAAAUAAUUAUAAAGACCUGCAAUUUUCAUAGACCACUUUUAUUAUCGUUCUCUAAGCGUGGUAAAAAAAAAAAAAAGUGUUUGUAAAUUUGGUAUUAAAUUGCGAUUUGCAUCCCUUCAUGCUCUAGGGCUCUGUGUUCAUAUGAUGAUGAAAAAUUAAGGGGAAUAUACUAAAAUAUUUUUAGAAAAUCGCUCCCCCCACCUCUCAAUUCAAGUAUGUACAAUGUAAAUAAUAUUAUGUGUCUGCCACACUAGACGCCGAAUUCAUAUUUGUUCACGGAUAUUAAUAUUCAGCGUUUACGAAUAUUCUUCCACGUUAAUAAUGUUAUAUUUCAAAAACGAGCGAAUAAUAACUAUCAAAAACUUUCAUAAUCCGUCGGGCCCAACGAACAACGAGCCGAUACGCCAUAAUAUUGUAAUAUAGUUUGGUACGAAUAUCAUUAUAAAUACGAAUUGCCCGUUUCCUCGGUUACGGAGUUCUUCAAUGUAUAAUAGGUAUUUUAAUGUUGUAGCUAUAGGUACGUUCGUUAAUCUUAAUAAAAUAAUAACGCGCUAUUAAAACAAUUAUAUUUUGAAUCAUAUAAUUAAAUCAAACAAGAAACUCCGACGGAGUUUAGUAUAAAUCAUGUAUAUAACACGCCUCUCGCUCUUUAGUUUUGGAAAACUUUGUUGUACACCAUGUCGAAUAUCGCUCAUAAACUGUAUAUUAUAUAAUAAGUUGAUUUAAACCUAACCUUCAAUAUUAUAUGUAUUAUUUUAUAAUAUAGAUGGUACUUUACACGAGUAUACAGAGUGGUUUUUUUUCUAUCACGUUUCGAAGAUUUUCUCGAUCAUCUCUUUUUAAUAAUUUACCAAGUAGCUUUUGAUUCUCAAACGUCUAGCCCUCCACUUUUCGAUAAAACACUAUUUAAUACUAUUAUAAUAUCGGUUAAUAUAUGUAGGUAUCAUUUGUGAGUUUUUAUAACGGUUUAAAAUGUAGAUCUAAGGAAUAUAGUAGAUUUUUUAUAAAUCACGGUACGUGGUAUCUAACUGCCAAGUACAUAUAACAACUAUUUUCUCAAUUAUAGUAUACCAAUAUUACACGGUGAAUAAACAUAUUCUAAUAAAUUUAUCUCUUUUCGAAUCUGGGUUUCGCAAUAUUUUUUGAAACCAAAACUCGGGUAACGCAUAAAAACACACGAACUGCAAAAUUCUGGAAUUACAAAAUUUUAAAUCUGUUGAAAUCCGGACCGGACAAAAAUAGGAAAAUUAGCCGAUAUGUAUGUUGAAAAUAUUAUGCGUAUAUGGAAUAAAUGCACCUUUUAGAAAAUAUUUUAAAUGACAUGACCGUUAAACGAUUCUAUAUUAUUAUAAUAGUUGAAAAAAAUCAAAUUAAUUAAAUUUACUCGGACUAGUCUAGUAUCUACUAAUCGCUGAAAUAUGGUGAUAAAAAAAAAAAAAAAAAUCACCCUGUAUUUGUAAAUAUACCAGAUCGAUACGUCAACCGAAUUCACUUGCGUGUUACAUAUUAUCACAUAUAAUAAUUCGGUUUACAACAAUAACACCAUGCUAAACUAAUUAUGCUUGGUCUGCAUAGUAAUAUAUUAUUAUCAUAGGUACAACGACGAUUAUUGUUAGUGCAAAAUAUAUUGCAACGUCUCUUGAAUCGAUAAAUUGGUUUGUGCCGCUCACACGUGAGCUAAAUAUAUGUAUAUAUAUAUAUAUAAUAUUAUUGUAAACAGAGUUUUACGUGGGUACUUUGUUGGGCUUUUGUCGUGUUUGGGGAUUUGAGAAAUCCAUUAGUUUGUCACGCUUGUAUAUAUUAUUACUAUCAUCAUCAUUACCUAUAGUAUACAUAUAUACAUAUAUAUAUAUAUAUUGUAGGCAUAUAAUAUGAUAUAUAUAUAUAUAUAUAUAUAUAUAUACAUACAUAUUAUGAAUCUCGUGAAUACGUUCACUAAUUUUAUUAUCGGAGAGCGCUGUGCCGCUGUAUAUACAGAGUGUCCCACGGAGACAUGAACAUUGCGACACCUUAGAAAAUGUCAAUUUCUUCAAUACUACUAGCUCUAAAAUGUCACAUACAAAUUAUUUGUUAUCAGCAUUAUUUUUGUAAAUAAACCGGCUAUCUACUUUUUAUUUUCAAAUGAUAAACAAUAUUUAAAUUCCACAAAUAGACAAAACAUUAGUUUGAAUAAUUACGGUUAUAUGUUGUUGAUAUUUUUGAUUUCCGUCAACCCGUUGACGAUAUAUUGUACUAUUAAAUUUAUGUAGGGGAGAAUAGCGGAGCCGGUGUUGAGAAAGUCUCUUUAAAAGGAAUUUGUUCCAAUUCCUCGAUCUAUUUUUAAAAAGGGAACUUGUUCCCGUUUCUCGUUCUUUUUUUCUUCACAUCAAAAUACCGUUUAUAUCACGGACAUACAUAUAAACAACGAACUUUUAUUUGAAUAUUAUUAUACUAUGUAAGAACUUUAAUGGAAAGUUGGGAUUGCAUUAUUGCAACAAUACAUUGUUAUGAUUUAUUCGUAACUGGCGAAGUAAUACUAACACAAAAUAAUUUCUAGAUAAUAUUAUCAUUAAAAUAACUUGCGUUUCAUUUUUUUGUUCAUCAUAGAUAUGGUAAUUUGCGUUUACGUUCCUCAUAAAUAGGAAAUCUUUCCCGUUCUUAUAUUUGGAAAAUAACGCGUUCCAAGCUUAGUUUUUAGGAAAGGAACGUGUUCUUUCCUAAUACUAAGCGGAUCAGUGUAGUUAGUGUAUCUAGUGUAGCUAGUUCUCGAGAAAGAAACAAAAUUUUGAAUGAAUAUAGUUUGGUUAUACAAGUUUUAAAAUUCCGUAAUUUGUACGAUUUUCGUCAAAAUUUGAUCAUAAAAUAUGUUCUAUCUGCAUUACAUCUAUUUUUUUUCCAUGUCAUACAACUUAUAAUAAACAUCGUGUCAAGCAUUCAUGUUCAGCUAAACAAUUUUAUCCGCAUAAUACCUAUCAAAUGAAAACUAAAAAGCCUCGAAAAUGUCCAAAUGUUUAUAAAUAACUCAAAAAUGGUUUUAAACAUUUUACCCCAUCUAGAAAAGGCUAAUAUAUAUAUAAUCUAUGCAAAUUUCAGGUCUCUACAAUAUUAUCAAUAAUAGAAUUUUAACAAAAAAAACCAAUUUCGAAAAUAAUAAAACUAUUACUGUCAUCAACUUUACCAUUUUUUUUCUAAAAUUUUUCCAAUUAUUAAAAAAUUACACGGAAAAUUAAAAAACAAUUUUUAUGUUGAGAUCAAUUUUGAACUCGAAUUCGAAAGGAGAAUACGGUUUUAAUAAAAAAUGUUCAAACUUUCUUUUCAAAUGUGAGUUUAAAUAAAUUUAAUUAAACCACUAUUUGAAAAACAAAAGUAAAUAUGGAUUAAAACGAUAAAAUCGUGAAAAUAUCAUUUUAUAAUAUAAUAAUUUAAACCCCUGUCCAAAUUUGAAUUUACUUAAAAGUCAUAAUAGUCGAGUAGAUAAUUGACGGUUCGUGUGACAAAGGAAUCACCCUGUAUAUUUUAUACGGGUUCGAUUAUGGGCUAGGCUCGUAUUGAUUUCACGAACGACUCAUUCAUUUAUUUAUCACUUACAUUUUAUUUUGUUUGCUACGACGACGACACGGUCGUGUUCACUAUACGCUUGACCGAAUAAUUUGUGAACACUAAAAGUAUUGUUUUACCUGUACACAAACACAUACCUACAGUAAAAAAUAACUGUCGUGUGCGUUUAACAUAUUGUAGCCUUUAUCGUGCAAUAGGUGUGUAGUUAUAUGGUACGAUAGGUACUUGGUCAUUUUGUUUUCAUCAAACAUUUCAAAUGUAUGCAUUUUUUUUUCUCGUGUCAGGCGUUCAACAAGUAUGUGAUAAUAAGUAUAGCGUACAGGCAGUUAGAUACAAUGAUGAUGGUGCAAUUGGUUUUAAAGAAAUAUAUAAAUAUCAAUUUUAAAUGAGUUAUCAAAUUGAUUAAAUAAUUUCAACCUAAUAAUAUAUACUAUACAGGGCUACGUUAAUUGCAUUUCAGAUGGCUGAUUGCGUGUCUUUCUCUGCAAGUGCACAGUUCAUAGUGUUUUUCAUUGUUCGCUCAACUUCACAUUCACUUAGUCUUAGUGUAUCUGAGGCUGUGAGUAGACUUCAUUUGUUCGUGUUGUUUCCUGUUGUUUUUUUUCGUCUAUGACAUAUUUUAUUGACCUUUUAUUUUUGGUAAUUUUGAGAGAAUAUUAUAUUAUAUAAAUUCUCUGUCUUAAUACUCAUGUUAUGAAAAUCAGUUUUAGGUUUCUAAACGUAAAUUUAGAACACUUGAUAUCACCGUUGUGUCCUUAUAAUUACUUAGUCUAUAUAUAGUUACAGUGGUCGAUUUGUUUUUUAUUAAUUUAAAUACGAGUGAGAUUUCAAAUUUAUAACAUUAGGUAUUCUUAGGUACGUACGGAAUAUAAGUACAUUUAGAAUUUAAAACAAAUGUCUUGUCAAUUGUUUAACUAAUUUAAGAUUCUAAAAAUAAGCAUAAAGUAAGAAAUAUUGCUUCAAAAUUAAAUACGGUAUUAUAACGUAUUGUUUAAAUGCAUUUAGAAACCGGGAACUUUACACGCUCGCUGAGUGGGCUUUCCUAAUUUGUUUUUUUUCCCUCGUACUUAUUCUAUUUUUCUUUUAAAAUAGAACCCUUACAUUUAAACAUACACACACACUCACAUACAUUGCACACCCCCAUUAAUAUUACCUGUAUAGAUUCGCUUGUCACGUCAAUGUAUUAUUAUACUGGAAAUGCGUAGACUUCUUUUUACUAUUAAUAUACUUUAGGUACAAAUACAAAAAAAAAAAAUUGAAAAAAAAACGUUUCCAUUUACUAUGAUUACGUUGGAUAUAAUAUACCUAUAUAUAUAUAUUUUUUUUUCGUACAUGUAUAAAAAAUCGCAUUUGUAAUUUACCGCUAUUUCGUUGUGUGACGUCGAAUAAAUGACGUUUUUUUUCUUCUAAAAAAUACAUUGUACACACGCGAAAAGCAAUUUUCGAAUGGUUUGUUCCGCAGUUGACGACGACGGUUUUACACGACGACAACACGCCGAAUACUUACCUAUCUAUCAUACAAUUGUUCACACAAUGCAGUAAUAUUAUAUUAUGUGUUCGAAUUCGAUGAUAUACAUUAUAUAUAUAAUAAUAAUACUGUCAAACAUUAUCAACUCACUCGAUCUGUAUUUAUAAUAUGAGAAUCGAAUCAUUAUCACGAUUCAUCGUCAAUCGUAUUUAUAUAAUACGUACCUACCUACAUUGAUUCUGUGUAAACUAUAUUUUUGUCCCGUGCCGGUGAACACAAGAAAUAGUUUUUGGAGGUGUUGAAAACGUAUUAUACUAUAUAGGUAAUUUCUUUUGUUCUAUCGUUUUAAAUGUUUAUAAUAUGCGAAGACAUAUUUACAUUUUUUUUGGUGUCCUGAGACGCUUCCUUUAGCGCUUUUUCAUAUAAAAAUGGGUUUAUUUAUUAUUAUUUUUUUUAAACUCUGGAAUUCCGAGCUGCACUCUUUACAUUCUAUACGGGAUACUUUUUGCUCUAAAAUUUAUUAUUUUAGACCCUGCUCACUGUAAACUAUGGACUGGAAUUAAUAAUAAUAAAACAAAAUACUAUAAAAAAAAUAAAAUUAAUAAUAAUUUAUUGAAGAACCUAAAUCAUCUGAUAUUAUGAUAAUAAUAACAAUGAUAUUACAUGAAAAUCUGUUUUCCGUGCUAAUAUAACUUAACAAUAAUAAAUAAUAAUAUACAAGUUACUAUUUUAAAAUAUCUUAAAAUAUUAUGACGAAUAUUUAAUGUGUGCAGUAAUCACUCAUAAGGAUGUUAGCUUCAACCUUUUUUUUUAAAAAAAAUCUUAAAAAUUUGAUAAUUAGUCCGGUUGUUUUUUGUUUUUAUAUCCGUGAUACAAACAUAAUAAUAUAUUCAUUAGGAAGCCAAUUAGUUUGAAAAAUUACAUCACUUAUUAUCCUAUUAUCCCCAACUUCCUAUUUUAGUGGUCAUUAAGCCAGUGAAUUUGUAUAGUAACGGGUAUUACUUGUUAUGGUAAAAUAAAUAAGGACCAAGCACAAUAUUUCACUGUUACUAACCGUUCCCUAUACAAUUAUCAUAGUACCAUAAUUGUGCUUAUUAUAUUGUGUAAUUAUUUACUCUUACACGCUAUUGCUUUGUCACGCGACUUUUCAACCUAAAAAUGUGACCGACCUGAGGUAGAAUUUUCAAUUUCCCGUCUACUUUGUUUCUACCUCACGUAUUUUUUCAACGACUAGGUUUUACGUGUUCCCUCAGGACACUUUUUCGGAACAUGGUGUUCAUUUGCAAACCAAUAUCGCGCGGUAUCUUCUGUAUAAAAUCGCUGUUGUUCACGAAAAAAGACUCAACCCUGUAUAAUAACCUAUCUGACCUGUUCUACACUCGAUCAUAUUUCAAUAGUUUUAGUGUGCGAUUGUCAGUAUAAACUAUGUCCGUGGAAAUGGGUCUGUUAUAACACUCAUAGUACCUAUACAAUAUAUGUAAACUGUAUAUAGGUACUAUACACCCACAGAGUUGUUGGACAUUAAAUCUUUACGUUAACUUCGUCCUGCAGAGUUUAUAUAUUAUUAUACGAAUGGUAUCAAUAUAUUUUAUAAAGUUUUAUCACGUCGUGCGUUUGAAAUUUUUCAAUCCAAUAAUAGAUUCUCGUUCUCUUAAUUUAUAUGUGUUUCGCCCCUCAUCGUUGUGGUGGGCAUGGGACUUAAACUUCGAUACCAGCCGAAAUGUAUUAUUAUAUUUAUUGGGAUAUUGUUACACGAUUUUCCGUAAUGACAAACUUAGAAAUGACUUAACGCCAAUUAUACGGUAUAUUGUAUUAUUACGCACGGAAAAUUUAUUUUGUAUAGGACCAUAGCUGAUAUCGUUUGGAAAUUCGAUAAAAACGUAUAAAAAUAUAAACUUUAGAUUCUUAGUAUAGCGAAGAAGCUUAUGAUUUUACAAAGAUGUUUAUUUUUUAAAAUUUUUUUUUUACUGAACUUUGCUCUGAAUCGUUUUUUUUUUAAAGCAAUGGUUUAUCUUUACUUACAGAAAUACAUUAAAUUUCCCCUUCUACUAACUUCCUAACUUCUCACCUACAACAGUGGCCUACUCACGUACAAAGUUGCCCGGUUGUUUUUAAUUUUGCAAUUGUUAAGCAAAAUUUAAAUUUGUCUAUAUGUGACUUCUUCAAAUGCCGUCUCAGUGGCGUGCCGUCAGGGAAACCUAGGUAAACGGCGUAUUCCCGGCCAAAUACGAAGAAAUAAAAUGUUAACCAUUUAUUAUAUGUUAAGUGGUAAUGAAAUUAUAAUUAUAACAUAUUUAAAUGCGAAUUCUAUACUAAAAUUACUACUAUUUAUUAAUAUUAUUGUAUGAGUAUUAAAUUUAAAUAAAUUUAACAGGUUUAUUCGAAAGAAGUUAAAUUAUAUUUUUUUCAUAUAGGUAAUUAUGCUCUUCAGAUUAUGCGCUCGUAUUUUAGACUAUCCGGCUCGUAUCGUUAUUAUAGGAACGACCGGUUACGGUAGAAAGGGAUAUCCACGGUUUCAUGUAUAGUGUUGGAAGCGUUUUUCAAAUAUAGCACUUUUUCUGAAAGAAAAUCUGACUGGGGUGGUACGUCAAUUACGUUUUUGAUUUUCUCAAGUUUUUCAAUAAUAAAUGGGAAAAAACAUGGGCAAAUUUAUAUAACGUAUUAUUUUCAACUGCCUUUUAACCAAACUCCUAUCAGAAAUGUUUUUUGUUAGUAAUGAUUUAUUAUUGUGUACAAAUAUAUAUUACAUUUCCCCUCUGCCUCACCAACUUUCCACCUACAAUAGUGGCACACCCACUGUGUGAAGUAUGUCCGUUUGUUUUUAAAUACUUAAUUCCAAUAUUUUGCCGAUUCAUAUCGGACUAUUAUCAUUAUUAAUACACUUUUAUAAUAUUACAUGGGUACAUUAGCUAUUAAAGGGGGCUUAAAAAAUAUUGUUUAACGUUUUAUGAAAUUUAAACGUUUAUACAAUUUGUCCGAUAAAGGUUCAAAGGUUUAUCGACUUAAGUGUUGUAAAUGUUUUAUUUUUUAUUUUUUUAUUUAGCUUAAAGUGCUAGGUAUACAAAAUUAAACAUGUAGAAUUUAAUGGUAAUUAAAUAUUUGCAUUUAUACGUUAAAUUUAAAAACUCAUUUUAAAUUCCUUUAGACGAAAAAUACUAAUAGAUACUGUUUAAUUUAAACUUUAAAGUAUAUAUAUCCAAUAUUGAGUAAAUAUUAAAAACACAAUUUUCGAACAACUAAAAUAGCGACAACUCGUGUGUCACGACCACAGGUUAAACACAUUAACAAAGAUUUAAAAUAUAAAUAGCCUAUGUAAACAACGGUACACGGAGAUAUUAUUUUUAAAUCAACAAAUUAAAAUUACUAAUGUACUAUAAUAUGUGAUAUUGUGAUAGGUAGUAAAAAUCAAACAAACGUGAUGUAAACAUUUGUCGAUUAACGCGUUAUAACUAUGGUUGUAGCGAGUUCUUCUAUUCCAAAUAUUGAUACCGAAACUAAACAUAAAACAUAGAAAUGUACACUGAUAAUAAAAAAUAAAAUUAUUAAUAUUGUUCUUUGUUGUCGGAUAAAAAUUAAAAACUAAAACGAACUUUUUAUUGUCUGCUAUAGUGUUAUGUUCCAAUCGUUUAUCGUUUUCUUUUAUGUUAUCUAUUAUCCACUUCAAUUGUUUAUCGUUUAAUGUCAUAUGUUAUCAUAUUUUAUUCGUUUCAGUCGUUUAUUGUUUACAGUGAUAUAUUAUCCGCUACCGAUUUCAAUCGUUUUUUGAAACGCUUGACGUUUGAAAUUUUUUGAAGCUCCGUAACAAUAUUAUUUUGUAUAUUUAGUCAAUAUUCGUAUAUUUAUGAAAGAAAAUAAACGAAUGGAUUUUAUGUAUAAAUAAAUUUUAAAUCGUAAUUUUUAUCAAUAAAAUACCUUUUUUUUAAAUUAAGCUCGAAGUUUUAUUUUAGCGCUUACUCAAUAUAAAAUAUUACGGUACGCCACUGCGUUGACGUUACCAUAACCCUAAUAUGUGUUAUUGCCAUUUGAAUUUCAAAAGUUGCCCGACUAUGAUGAACACAGAAAUCAACAGAUAUAAAAUUCCCUUGAAAUGCAUGACGAUUCUGGAAAUAAUAAUAAUAAAAAGAAAUCAUCAAAAAACGUGUUAACCGUGUUGCCUUUUUUGUUGAUAAUUGUUACAGUACAUACCGGUGGCGGCCAGCACGUUGAGUCUGAUGACGCAGUCGAUCGACCGGUACGCGUCCAUCAAACAUCCGCGGCACGGUCGAUUGCACCGGAACAAACACGUCACGUACCUGGUAUCCGGCGUGUCGGCCGCGUGGACGGUGGCCGUGGUCGUGUCGGUGCCUCGUUUCGCCGGGCCCGUACAACAGCUGAUGGCCGACCUGCGGUGGACCCGGUUCUACGAGGCGUGUUACGUGGCCGUGGUGUUCGCCGUUCCGUGGACAGCGGUGGCGUUCAGUCAGCGGGCCGUCAGCCGGACGCUGUACAUCACGUCGCUCAAAGCGGCCGCGGCCCGUGGACAGCUCCCGCUGCCCAUGCCCAUUAUGACCGCCGAGUCCAAACAGGUCAUACUGGUUGCGUCCAUUCAGAAGAACACCACUGUACAGUCCAAGGUAAAUGGAGCGCUUCAUUUUCAAACGUCUUUUCAAAUUUUGGAAUACAUCAGUUUUUUUUUUUUUUUUUUUCAUUAUUAUUGCAAAUUAAGACACGCAGGAUACAAAACGAGCGUCUUAUCAGUGAGCCACCAUUCGUAUCACUUUACGGUGCAAUCUUGUGCACUAUUUGUGAACUGUAUGUGUCGUUAAAUAUCGGUAACUCAAAUUGUGAUAUUGCUGACAAUAAUUACAAAUGUGCAUGGUUUUAAUUAGUUUUUAUACGACUGUUCACGCAGUAGUUUUCUUGUAACACACUAUGAGAAGAAGAAGAUUACCGAUAAAACGCUUAGUUUUGUAUCUUGUACAUCGUAAUUCGUGGUUUUUAUUGAUUUUAAAUAUUGUUAUUGUUUGAACAGCGUUAAGUAUAAAACUGGUAAUUGAUUUAAGAUAAAUUUUUAGACCCAGGGAAGUAAAUGGGAUCAAUUUCAGGAAUUUUAUAUACCUAUAUAUGUACGUAAUUUUAAUUUUUUUGUAUUGAAAACUAUACAAAAUUAACUUCAAAAAGCUCUUCUACUCUAGGACCAGAGAAAUAUACCUAGACAUGUGUACUUAUAGUUCUAAUAGGUUUUAAGUUUAACAUUGUGUUCAAUAAUAUGUUCAUUGUUCAUAUAAAAACAAAAUGAAAACGUUAUAACUUGCCGUAGUAUAAAAUCAAAAUUAUCUUGUUAAUCAAGUGUUAAAAUUGAUAGUUUACUUAAAAUUUAACUUUUUAAGCUGUUAAUAUACAGCUUUCCAUAUUAUAAUAUGUAUCUUGUAUAUAAUUAUAUAUUUAAAUAGAUUAUAAAUGCAACGUUAUUAUAAAAUUGCUAUAGUUAUUUUGAAAUCCGAAAACUUGUAGUCGACCGUAUUUUUUUUUUCUCAGGGAAAAAUCAAAAUAAUAUAUCUCGAAAACAAAACCGCGAUCGGUUUUUUUGUUUGUUUUAAAUUCUAUUUGGGUCAUUUAAAGCAAAAAAGGGCUACACUGAGAUGACGUGUUAUAGUCGUGUGUAAGUGUAAUCGACAUCGGCUGAUAAUCAUUUAUAGUUUUCAAAGGCGAAAGGGGAAAACAAAAUCGUAAGCCGACGCCGGUAAUUGGUUUUAAUAGAUAUCCAAUUAUUAUAUUAGUACACAGUGUCAAAUAACGCGUCGGCCUCUUUCGCUGUCAUUUCGUUUUAUAAAUGUAUAAUAAACAUAACGUCGUCGUCGCCGUCGUUAUUUUUGACGAUCGGAAUUGCGGAGGAAAACACACAACAACCGGACAUAUAACUUCAUUUUUCUCCCUCAAAAAUACCACUUUUUGACUGCUGCCUGUCACUGGCACCCGUAGGUCAGAAAUACUACUCAAAAUUGAUGCCAAGAUUUGUUAUUUAAUUUGUACAAAUUUGUAACAGCAAACCCGAAAUUUGUACACCCCUUAAGCGUUGAAAAUGCGUUUUUUUAUUAUGAGCGCCAGCGACACGUGCCGCCUAGAUCCGUACUUUCUUAAUUUGUGUCAUAAAGAUUCGGAACUGGUACCAAAAUUAUCUAGCAAAUUUUAAGUAAUAUAUCUGACCUCCGGAUACCAGCGACAUGCAGUUCUUUCUAAUGGCAUAAUUUAACGGGAAAGAAAUUCUCCGUAUUCCGCCUAAACAAUCGGACGAUUUUCAAAUAGGAACCAUAGACUGGUACGUUUUUCAGUGUUUCAGCGCACUAUCACAUGAAUCCAACAAAAUGAUAUUAUAGAGCGUUGCAAUGGCGUCAUUUAAAACAUUCGGUUGACUGGGCCUAACGUACUAGUUUUGUUAACUGAUAAGAAAUGGAAUUAUUUGCCGGGGGGAAAAAAUUUUUUUAUUUAUUUUAUUUACCUUCAUCAAACCCGAAAACAAUAAAGAUUUUCGACAUUUUUUGCCAAGCCAACUAGAGAGCAGGGAUUGAACAAAAUGCCGAUCUAUUAAAACAAGACUAUUACAAAAGUUAUAGACUGAGGUGAUUACUCAAGAUUAAACGGAUAGAAAGAACACUGACUGGAAUAAAGGGAAAACGAGAACUCUGACGCGGUAUAAAAGUUAUUAGGGACAAAAUGUGAUUGGGCGCACGAUAGCUUGAUGAAAUGCAUUCAUUCCACGAAGGUACCGGUAGAAGGCCAUAUCAGAAAAAGAACAAAGGAUGGGAGUAUACAUUAAACAAAUCACGAUAGACAUCAAUAAGGACAGUUAAAAGAAGUUAAAGGAAUCGAGAGAGAGAAGCUUGGUGAACUGCAAAAAUCCAAUCAAAAGAUUUAAGACCAGAAGAAGACCGCGUCUUGAUACGAUAAUAAUCGGAUAUAAAGCCGAAAUUAUUUUCCUUCUGAAUAAUUUAAAUUAUUAAAUUAGGAAUUAGCUACAGGUUAUCUAUUCAAGGUCUUUGGUAACUAUACGGUUGAAAAAUUGCCAGUAUGGAAAUAUAAAAAUAUUAAACCGUCUGUGAUGUUCGAACACUGUUUACGUGCGCGUACACACGUUGCCGAAUUAAUGCUUCGAACACCAAAAUAUAAAAUCAAACUAUUAUACUGAGUGAUUAUUUUAAUGCGGUUCGGCAAUUUUUUCGGAUGCUUUUAAAUUAAUUGUGUUUCUGUUUUUUCGACUAUUACUUCCCAGCUUUGUUUCAAAUUUUCAACACGAUUUGAAAUGCGUGCGUUAUGUGUAUUUUAAUUGGUGGAGGGGGGGAAUUUUAAAUUAAAAAAAAUCGUAUACAAUUAUUUCGGUUACUUAUAUUAUAUCCACAAUAACUUAUCUGCCGUUUUCGCUUGGCCCGGACAAAAUUUUAACGAGUGCACAACUAAACAACGGCCAUUGCACCCGAGGGUUUAACGUAAACGAGUUUAGGUUCACAGAAAAAAAAAAAAAUAUGCUUCCGGGCUUUUUUUUCAGUUACAGUUUAUUUCGGGCCGUGAUCGCCGCCGGCCCGAUAACAAGUUUGACUGUUUAUUGUUUUUGCGUUUAUCGGGAUUAUGUGUGAAUUUCCGCAAGUCCGUCUCUCGGCGUUUUUACGGGACCGCAUUGAUUUUACGAGAACGUUUUUUUUUUUUUUUUUUUAAAUUAUUAUUUUUAUUUUUUUUUAUUCAUUUUUCGUGGAUGAUACCAACGGUCCCGCACACUCGAAAUAGCAUAUCGAAAUUAAAACCGGCGUAGCAUAUCGACAGUGAUUACUUUUUAUUAGGUAGUACUGAAAAUAUUGCGCUGGCUAUCUAAUUGCAGAAAAAGAUAUUUUCAUAAUAGUACGCAAUAUGUUUAAUAUUUGGAUGUUGAUCAAUUCAUUUUUUACUCGUGUAUAUCUUAAAUAACUAGGUAGGUGGUAACUAUCUAAAAAUUAAUAGUUAAAUCAUAAUUUACUUGUUUCAUAACAUUUAACUUAACUGUUCAAAAAUAAAAUUGGAUUUUAGAAAAGACCAUUUAUUUUAGUAAAUAAUUUUAACUUCACUUAGUUAUUUUGUUAACUUAAUUUUUAACUAAACCAAGUUAUUAUUUUACUGAAAACGUGUAGUUUAACUUACUCAAUCAAAUUUAUUUAUAUUUUAAAAUCACGUUUAACAUAUAAUUACGUUAUUAUUAUUAUUAUUUUUAGGAUAGCUCAACUAAAACUAUCUAAAAUAAGGUAUUAUAAUGUUACUAUAAUGGUUUCGUUAUUAGACCAUCAUCUGCGUUUAUAUAGUGACGUGCGCAGGUUAGUGAUUUUUUAGGGGUUUAUUCCCCCCCUCCCCGUUGGCUAAAUCUAAAAAAAAAAAAUGAGUAAUUUAAUAUCGAAAUGCAUAUAUUUCAAUCAAUUUAUACGAUGAAAAUUUUGAUGUAUUGAUCGGAAGUCGGCUUUUCUUUAGGGUCCGGCUUUUAAACUAUACCGAUUCCCAUAUUAUAGUCGAGUCGGAUAGAGAAGACGAUUUUACGAUAUUUUAUUCACGAUUCUUAUUUGCUACCGUCCCUCCUGUUUGAAAUUCCCGGGCAGGCCACCACGUCCAUAUUAUAUUAUAUAUUAUCUAUUAUUUUUAGAUCUUUCGCAGAUUACUAUUAAAUAACGUCGAUAUUACGGUCGCAUCAUUUGUAAUACCAAUACUCUGCACAGCGUGCACCGAUAGAGCCGUGUAGAGGCAUCCGCAUAUAGUAUAUAAUAUUGUAAUGAUAUAUUUUUAAUAAAAAAAAAUAAAAAAAAUAAAUCCCUAUAAAAAUCCACCCGCUAUCCAAUCGAGUAUACGUAGAAGAUAUCAUAGUAUAUCAUAUUAUAUUAUUAUGCGCAGCAUAUUAUAAUAUAUUAUUACUAGAAUUUUUCGUAAAACCUUUGCCAAAAGUAUACAAUAGUGCCAAUAGAACAUAUAUAUAUAGAGAGAGAGAAUAUACCAAUAGUACAGCGUGCAUAUUUGUGUGUGUAUAUACGAUUUCAUCAUUUUAUAUCGGCUGCUAUUCUGUAUGGUUGAAUAAAAUAUAUAUAUAUUUAAUAAUAAUACUAGCCGGGCCGCGUAUUAGCACUCUGGGAUCCGUUUCGGCACCACCGCGGUCGAUUCGAAUUUGACGGUUACUAGAAGUUGAUACGGUCGUUAAAAAUCGGGGUUUCUUAAAUUAUAACGGAACGUUUUAAAACCAAAACCGCAGCCGGCACCCGGGUCUCCGUUUGACGCCGAUAAUGGGUCGACGUCGGGGCUUCGAAGACCACCCGAACUACUUUUCAUAAAUGUCAAAAGUUUGACAUAUCCCGACGAGAUAUAUCCCGAUCAGUCCGCACCGGAAGCAGCCGGAUGUCUACCGACACGCGUUCGUUAACACAAUCUCCAUUACCAGAGGUAAGUGAGCCAACCAAACGUUGCGAUUCAACGAUCGGAACGCGAGAAAACCCCUAUACGAUCACGUGGAGAGACGGGCCCUUUGUUCCGAUCUCUCACCGGAUACAACCUCGGUGGGGAAAUACCGGUAUUCGUCCGACCAGGGAGAAUUUGUAUAUGUUAGCUUCACGGCGCGGAAAAAUCCGCACCGUUACUGGUAUCAAGCGCCACGAAAAGGCCUGUACUAUCUGACAAGACCGGGGGGUAAAGCAGUCCCCCCCGGCCCCUUUAGGAAACCACCGAGAACUAACCAAAACAAACCAUAGCCCUUUUACGUUCCAGUCUUCUAUGCCAUAUUGACGUUAUAGAUACUAUUAGAUGGAAAUGUCCGCGAAAAAUUACAAUGAAUUUAAUAAUUACACCAGCAAUUUUUUAACGAGUAAUAAUUUAUACAGGCUAUUGCAUUAUUUAAGGUGAUAUCAUUAAUACUAUUUCGGUGUAUAAACUAUUCAAAUAUUGAAAAACUGAAAUAUUGUAUGUUGUGAAUUUAUAUUUAAUUUUGGACAUAUUUUUUGAACUACUGAAAAUAAAAUAUUUUAUAGUACCAAUAUACCAACUAUAUUUCUUUCGUUUAAAACAAUAAACCAUCUAAAUUUUCCGUUUACCGAAUUUAUCGCGUUGCGUUUUGUCGUAUGCUAGUACGGAAACGUCAUCCGCGAUAUCGUGUCGCUGUUAUCAACGUCGAACCUUUUUGUCUGGGAGUUUUUGGCCGCGCCCAGCCGUUCGACAAUCCCGUCCGGGAAAAGCCACCUAUAGGCGCCGAAAUGGACACCGGAACGCUUAUGCGCGACCCGGCCGCGCCGCCAAUAUUAUAGUUUGCGAUGUGCAGGAACAAGACUUCGUCGGUCGAAUUGAAAAUAUAUUUUCAUAUACCAUUCGUAUAUAUAUAUAUAUACUUAUACUCUCUAUGCGCGUACGACUAUAUUACGUUAUAUUUUUACCAAUUCACUUUUGCCGUACAAUAAUGUAUAUAGUUACACGAUAUCGUGUACACGGGUGUGGAAAAAUAUGUACCUAUAGGUAUGAAAAAAGAAAAUCUCCCGAGUUUUUCAGCAUAAUAAAUAUUAUGCUAUAAUUCUACAGAUAAAAUGCGUGCAAUUCAUUCUCCCAUUGUAUACUUACAGCCGAGGGCGCUCGGAGGAAAAAUCCAGAGGGGAAACAGCCUUAAUUACGAGCCACACAAUUAAGCCACUUACAUUCUGGACACGCCUCGUAGUAUGAAUAACCACUAAUGAAUAAACACUUUUAUUAAUGUGUAUUUUCAAAAAAUUGUAUUAAGUUAUUAUAAUGUCAUAUUAAAUUGUGCGUUUAAAAUCACUAAUUGAACACAAAUUACAAUUUCAAUUUAUUUUUCCCAAAUUCGUCAACAACCUUUUCUGCUGAAUUAAGUACUUCGACUUUUUUCCUGUGUAGACUUAACAUCCAUAAUUCGGAUUGAAAUUCUCAUACAUUCGAUAACCGCAUGUCAGCUGUCUACAAAGACUAUCCACAAAUGAUCGGCUAUAAUGGAUGGUACCAACUUCCAACCAUAGGGCAUAAAUCAUUGUAUAUUGUAAUAAUAUAUUAACGGAAUUAUAGGGAGUAAGGAAAGGUUAUAGAUAGGCAAUUUAUUAUCCUUCCCUAUAACUCCGAUCUAAACUUUAAACUGUUAUAACUCAUAAACGGUAAAUCUAAUAUUAGUGUUAUGCAUAUCAACAUUUCUAGACAAAUAUUCUUUAUUCAAAUCUGUGUAUAAAAGGGGGGAGGUUUCUAUUUGAAAAUCAAAAAUAUGUACAUUUUUAAAGUAUAAGUUACAGGAGUAAAAAAUUAAAAAUGGGUUUAAAAUAAAGCUUAGACGAUUCCAUAAUGAUUAGAAAAAACUGAAAUCAAAUUGACUUAAAAUCCUCUGAGACAAUUGCUGGUUUAUGAUAAAAAAUAGUCACCUUGAAUAUUAUUACUAUUAUUUCUAUUGUGAAUAGUUUUUUUCAAAUAAUUUAUGAAUAAAAUAGGGUAGAAAUUAGGUAUAGUAAAAAAUAAUGUAGAUCCUAGUUUGUAUGUACGUACUUUAUUAGGUGUUAUAAACAAUAUUAAUUAUGUAACCUGUUUGAUACAAAGUACAUAAUUCGAUUUAAUCAAUAGUCAAUACUAACAUAGUAACAUAUACAGCUAAAGUUAUUGUUUGUUUUCUUGGAUUAAAUUUUGUUCUGGAGAGUAUAAUGUUCUGUUUUUUUUUUAUUUAGUAUUUGUGUAUACGUUUAAACUUAAACAAGGUUAUAAUUUGUUUGAAGAAUAUUAAGUUUUUUUUUAUCAUUGUUCGAUUAAUAUUAGGGUUUUGGUAGCUCAAAAGGUGUCGGAUUUUAAGUCCGGAAUACAUCAGGUCAGGGAUGUAUUAUUGCCCAAGACCCUGAAACGUAUUAAUAGAAUUGUAUCGGUCAUUUUUACGAAGGUGAUUCAUAUAUUAUUCGAUGGAUUUAUUACAUUUCUAUUCAAGGAAGAGAACUUAGCGGAUUGCCUUCCCGCCGCAUGGUUAAUUCUGGUAGAAAUCUCUGUGCAUGUUGGUAUUGGCAUGGUCGAAGUGCGAUUCAAAAUGAUUAAUGCGCUGCCACCUUGUUAACUAUACAACUAGAUACCGAACAAGGUCCGCAAAUAAGAAUUGAUCAAGGGCACGAACUGCCUGCUUUCUAGAAUUUAUUUAAAGAGAAAGUUAUUGUUUACGGAGGAAAAAGAAAUCAAACUCUAAAAACUUGGCGUUUGCUUAUGGUCCACGGAGCAAAUGUAAAUGAAACCCAUUUAAUUGAAGUACUGUGUUGUACAGUACAAUUACGUAAUCAAACAUCGUUCAUUCUACUCAAUUCUGAAAAUAGCACAGUUUUUGUUUGGCACGGUACCAAAUCUUCAGAUACAAUUAAAGAGUUAUCAGUGAGUAUAGCUAAAGGUUUGUCAGAAUUGAACCAUAUGGAACUAAGACUAAUCGAUAGAGUCGUCAUGCAGGAACCCAUUGAUCAUAUGAAAGAGCCGCCAGAAUACUUCAAAGCGUUAGGUGAUGAGAAUUCGCGGCAACUGGAUAGCACGUCUCUGCAGUCGCCCAGCCACAAGCCUGGCAAAAUCUUGAAUAUUAAAAUAGAAUUGGCGUGAGUCACUCCAGAAUUUGAUCCAGCUGACCAGGUUCUUCAGAAACAUCUACCCAGGGCCGGCGUCAAUGGAGGUAUGGUGGGUCGUCUCCUCUCUUUUGUUAUAUUUACUAAAUUUUGUUUGAAAUACACUUUAUGUUUUUGGAACCCCCAUCGGUCAAAAUUCUACAAAGCUGGCCCUGCCUCUAUCUGACGACGUAGUUCCCACCAAACUAGAACUUUACUUGUCACCCGCUUCAUUUAAAGACUUAUUCAAUUUUUUUUUGCAAUACUUCACAAUCACAUUCAACUCUUAUCAUUUUAUACAAUUUAAUAAUUAAAUUAAUAUGUCCGUUUGACUAUUUACAUAUGUUUGAAUUAUUUAUAUAAUUCAAAUAAUUCGUAUAUCAUUGACAAGUGAGCACUGAAUAAAUUGUCAAAUAAACAAAAUUAAUCAGUAAAAAAAAGUUUACUUUAAUUUUUUUCUUCAUUUUGUAUGCUGAUCACGGGGAUGUGAUCACCACUUAAAAAACUUGGUUGCAAUUUGGAAUAUAUUAAAUAACGACUAUAUAAAAUAAACAAUUAUAGUUACACAGCACAAUUAUCAGUUCCUUCAUUAAAAUAUCAGUGUUGCCACAUAAAUAUGGCAAACGUUAAUUCACAGUAUCAAUUACACUUGUUGCCCACGUAGCUACCGUGGCAAAAUGAGAGUCGUCGGUGUGGGAGACCACAAAGGACAUAAAAACGUCAUGCGCAUUACUAAUUGAGUUACUUCUUUGAGCUCUCUUAGGUGAAACAUACAUUUUGUGCUCACUCACUCCAAUCACAUAUUUUUUUUGGAACCUAUAAAGCAGUUGCUGAUACCUUAAGGUGGGCUGCUGUACUUGGUUUUUCUUAUCCUAGAUACCUGGUAAUUGUGCUUGAUGUCACUAUUGUUUUACCAUAGAUUGUGUUUUUUCCUUAAAAAACCAUUUAUAAUAUUCCCUUACUUAGACGGAUAUACACAUCCUGAAAAACGGUUGUCUAUACGCCUGAAAAGGAACAAGCUGACAUAUGCACUUUGCGUAUAAAAGGUUCUUACACCAUUGGCCUGACGGCUAUUAAAUGCAUCUCGUUAACCGGUUGAGAAUGGGGAACGGACGUAGCCGUAAUGCCAACGUCUAAGUCUUAGUCGGGAAAUAACAUUUUACGAAUAUUCUUACUCUGGCAAUUGAUAUUCGUCUAGUAAUAUCUAUACUAUAAGGUAUCAUUAUCGGUCCUAUAGGUAGGAACCCAACUGUUAUUGUACCUUUACUUAUAUUAUAGAUGAUUAUAAUUAUUUAAUAAUAUUAUUUUGAACUAUAAUUAUUGUUUGUGACUUAAUCAUUUUUGUGGAUGAUAAUUAAAACUAUGUCCAUUGGGUUUGAAUCAGAAAAUCACAUUCAUUUAAAUUUUCAAAUAUAUUAUAAUAUUUUUAUAAUCAUUUAAUCUUUAAUAGGUAUUAAAUACCAAAUAUGCUUUUCUCUUUUGUAUUUAUGCAUUUUUAUACGCUUUUAUUCACCUCGCUAAUCGCUUUCUUUGUCGGUGGGUAGAAUUUCUCGAUCGUUUUCUAAUUGCUCAACUUCCCGUGGUCCAAUGGACUCGACAUUUUGUAUGCACUUGAGUUUUCCAUGAUUUUCGAUUUUCGAGUCAUGACUAAACCAUUAUUAAAGGUGGGUAUUUGGAAAAAGUAUAAACUAAGAUAUUUGCCGAUAAUAUAUGAAGUUCGUCAAAGUUGGUACACUCACCAGUUUACAAAUUUAUAAAAUUUGAAUUAAUACAAAUAUUUUAACACGAUCAGUUUCUUAACCUACAAAACAUUUCCUUUGCCACUUUACCAAAAAAGUUUUGCUGCAUUUGAUAAUGAGAGAUAAAAAAACGCACAUUAUAGUCAAACAAAUCAUAAUACAUACAUUGAUACAUUUAUAAAUUUUUAGUAUGUAUAGAUAUAUACGAUCAAUUAAUGUUUUUAGUGCUUAGGACUAUUAUUUUAAAAAUCAUUCAAUAAUAAGUAUGAAAAUAACACCUUUAAUACAUAUACGAUAGUAACUACAUUAAAUUGUUACUGGUAAACAAAAACAAGAGCAUGCUUUCAACAAUUUCGCCAUUUUUCACAUGUUUGUGUAAUUUUCCGAAAAAAUACUGAGAAAUCUAAAAAUGUUUUCAUUUUCAAGUACCACUUGCGUUCAGUUUUCAAUUUACAGACGGGAGCUGAAGAAAGGGACUUUCGGAGGAGCACUAUACAACCGGAAAAAGUGUUUGCGGACUAAAUAAAAAAAACACUGCAUCCAUUGUAAAACCAAUUGCACCUUCGUUUCUCUUAAAAUCUUAAAGUAUAGAGGGCAAAACUAACAAUGAAUAACGAAAUUCUUAUUCUUCGGAAGGAAAUAAAGUAAAUUUCGUGACUGAAAAAAAAUAAAUGCAUUUUAGUAAAUGUUCAAUAAUAAAAUAUGUUAACGGUUUUAUAUUUUUUUUAUAAUUACUGUAUUAUUAUAUUUUGUACGCCUAAGUAGGAAUAUUAUAUAGUUAAAUACAGUGUUAUAUAUUUUGAUCAAACAACAGCCACUGGGUACCUUAAGCAGAAAUCUAUAUGGUGACUUAUUUAAUCUAUAUAAAAAAAAUCGUAAUAAAAAUAUAAAUGUAUUUGUUUGCCAAAAAAAUACAAAAUACAAAAUACCCAUAAUAUAGUUUUAUUUCGUCUUAAACUUUUAGUAAAUAUUUAAGUGGAUAUUUCUGUUUUGCAUCAAAAACCCAUACUUUUUUAUUGUAGCUACAUAAUCAUUACUUUGCGGAUUGAAUACACUAAAAAUCCUCUAACAAUCACAAUUAAAUUAUUUCUCAAUAAAAAACAAUUCAAAAUGUCCCGAAAUGGAAUAUUUUUCUAAUCGACUAUUUUUAUCGCAUAGAAAAUACCUAAUAUAUAAUAAAAUAUACAAACAUUCACGUUAACCGUGUUUUUUUCCGGUUUUUACUUGCUAUGGGUACUAUAAUGUAGGUCACGAAAUUUUGUAUAUUCCGUCCUUCUUCGUAAUAUUUUUACAAGAGUACAUAGCGUAUAGUUAAUAAUAACUGUUAACCAGCAAUUAAAACGCAAUGAUGACGACAAUGAUUCUGUAUUCAAAUGUAAGCAAGUAUUUUUGUUAAAUGCACGAUUCGUUGUGUAGGUUUAUAUAGACAUAAGUUAGUAGAUAAAUGUAAAAUCAUAAAUAAAAUACACACACAUUUAUUAUUCCAUAAUUUUGUUUUGUUUGAUUUUUGUUUCAACGUGCACAAAUAUUAAUAUUAAUAUUAUGGCUUAUAUAUUAGGUGUAUACAUAAUAUAUAUUAUGGCUCCCAUUCGGGAUAUCGAAAGGUAUACGUUUGGCGGCCCUGUUCUUUCCCGUGCUUUAAUCGGCUUGUGCUGUUAAUAAACGAUCGGUUUUCUUUUUUUUUUAUCUUAAUAUAAUAUAGCCUAGGCGCGUAUUUGUGUCUACACUGCCCCGUCUACAAACCCUACGUAAAGGGUGAUCAUUGCGAUCAAUAUCUUAGAAAGUAUCAAUAAAGUAUAAUAAGUUUAUAUAUAUUUUGGUUUAAAAUUUUCUAUUUCCGUAAAACCGAUUACAAGAUAUUCCACUUUUAAGUUAGACUAUGGGGAGAGUAACGGAGCAUUAUGCAAACUCCGCACUCUGUGCCGUCACACAACUAAUGCUCCACUACUUUUCCCCUACCCAAACUUAAAUGCGGAAUAUCUCGUCAGCAGGUUGACAGAAUUCAAAAUUUCAACCAAUAUAAAUUUUAACCAUAUUUUUUUUUACUCAAUGUGCAUGGUGUUGAUCAUCCUUGUUUUCAAAAAAAAAAAGUUACAAACUCAAGCUUUUAUCAAUAAUCGCGUUUUUCGCAAAUAAUAACAGCGAUUUCACAACAACCUAAAAUAAAAAAUGAACUGAACUUAAGCUAAUUGCAUUUUCAACUUGACCUGGUCUAUUAAUAAAACAGUUAACUUUUAACAUGAUAACUCGUUAACUUUUUUCAAUUAACUUAUACCUAGCUCACUGACUUUAUUUUAUCAAUUAUCUUGACGAGCUUUGUGGAUUUGUGGACUAUUCAAAAUAUUAAUUGUCGUAAUUUAAAACGUAUUUAAAAAAAUAAAACAAAAACAAACAAACAAACAAAUAAACACAUUUGUCAUUCCGUUGUCGAAAAUCAAUCAAAUAAAAAAAGUGCUUCGAAGCGUUAACGUCAACGUUAUUGUAUUAUUAAGUAUUAUUUUCCCCGUAUUAAUUGUAAUAAGACGACCUUUGUUGUAUUUUUUUUAUAUGUAUAUAUAUAUUAUAUAAACUAAUGAAAAAAAAGCUUAAAAAAUCUAGCGCUUUAUUUGAUUUGUAUUCGUAGAAAUUUGUUCCUCGGUGAUGUGACCUUUCAAGUAUUAUUUUUUUCUCUUUUUGUUUUAUUGCAAUAUCUGGACAUGGAAAAAGCCUCAGUAUGAGAUUGUUCGUGAAAACUUUAUUAUUGUUAUUUAACUUAUUUAUAUUCCGAGAAAAGAUAUUAUAUCUUUAGUUUUAAAAUUAUUAAAAUUAUUUUAUUUUUGGGUUGACGUAAUAAAUAUUUUUGUCAAAAAUAACGUCCACGUGGAAAAAUUAAAAAUACCUAGGAUGUUGAAUACGUAUAUAGUUGAGAGUAGUAAUAAUUUUUCCAAUUCUCUAAUAUUAAAAUGAUAAAAAAAAAAAUACGCAGAAAAAAAUGUACACGAUAAGCGAACGAAUACAAUAUUUCGACAGUGUUUUUAGAUGAGGUACGGGCAUUUAUAAAUUGUGAUAUGUAGCGCUCGUAUCAAGUUUACAAUUUAAAACAUCGAAAAAAACUGACGAAAUUUCGCAGAUAUAAUGUUCGAAUUUUGAAGUAUGGUAAUAGGUCAGUUCAUGGUAAUAUUAUAACUUUCGGCGCAAAAUUUAACAUUUACUAUGUCUCGCGUUUGUAAGAUGGAGACAGCACGUGCGGGCGUGACGUGCUCUUAAUAAAAAAUCAAUCCGGUUAUAUUAUCAAACCGUCAUAAAUUCAGAAUUGUUAUGAAUUUUGCCAUUGCAAUAUACUCCGUCGAGUAAGUACUUGCACCGCUUAUGUUUUAGCAUUAUUCGCUGAUCAUUAAAAGCAGCAACUGGAAACAUUUAAACUUUAAAUAAAGUAUGCAUGGCUUUUGAUGCCGGACUUCUGAACGAAACAUUGUUCAAAAAGGAAUUUACAAUAAUAUUAUUAUUAUUAUUAUUAUUAUUUAAAUACGACGGAUGAAAAACGCUCAUUUCAUAAUGGGUAUUUGAUAUUUCGAAAUAAUCAGUUCCCGCGGAACGAGGAAAACGUUUGAGAACUUUGGCGCUGAAAAGAAAAUUAAAGCGUCCGCGUUCCUCGAAAUGGUACAAACGGCAGUAUUAUGAUACAUAAAGUGAUUUUUUGUUUGUUUUUGUAAUUAGGUAGUUAUAUAAAUUACUAUACACAGGUACGUUAUAUAAAUAAAUGCUUUCGAAUGAAUUUAAUCCCAUUUAACGCAAUAACAUAAGUUUAAAUCAAAACUGAGUGCGGACGUUCGCGCGAUCGAAGACAUUUGCGUCUUCCCACCCCUUGUGGUUUUUUUUAACGUAUCAUUAUUUUGAUAACUUUUUAGACUCAGAUGAAUGUAUUGGUUUCACAAUGAUGUUUAUUUUAUUUUUUCAUCUGUAAACAAUUUUUCUACCAGAAAUCUUACUCCGAUUUUCAACUGUAGUAUCUUUUCUGAAAGGGAAUUUCAUCUGAGCAAUACUUAAUGGAGUAUUUUUGAUUUUUCAAUCGGUUUCCAGAAUAUUUGCAAAAAACGUAGAAAAACGGAACAUACGUACAUGCGUAAAAGAAACUUCGCUCCAAAUCGUUUUUCGUUAACAAUGGUAUAUCAUUGCGUACAGAUAUAAAUUGAAUUUCUCUUUAUAUCUUACCUUUCCAACUUAUAACCUAAAAUAGUGGCUUACCCAUCAUGCGAAAUAUUUCCGUCUUUUUUUUAAGUAAAUUGUAUAAAACAAAUUUAUUAUUAAUCAUUAUAUUAUGUAAGUAGGCCUUAGAAUUCACCACUCAGGAACAUAUUACACAUUAAUAAUUCAAAAUCGAUAUUUUACUUAAGUUUUUGGAAAAAUGUCGGCAAUAUUUCAAGAGGUUUUUUUUACCUGAAUAAACUGAAAUCAUUUUUAGUCUUAUACUUUUUUGGUAUCAGUACAAAUAAAAGUAUUUUUAAUUUGUUUAGGAAAUGAUUAAAGCAAAGGCAGCUCAAAAAUAUAAAAAUUUAAUUUGUAAAAUUAAAAACUGAAAUACAAAGACAAAAGUUUUUGUUUACGUUUAUAUUUACAUAAUGUUAAAAAUAUUCGAUAUUACAAUAUGUAAAUCAAACAAGUAAAGUUAACUUUACUUGUUAACUUUACCAAUUAUUAUUGGUUACCGACAAAUAAAAAUGAACUAGUGUUAAUGUCCACCAUAUUGGGUUUAAAGAAUUGUAUAACGAACUUCCCCCGUAACAAUAACGAUAACAAUAAUGGUCGAAAGACGUGCUUGAAUAUUAUGUAUUUUUUUGCAGGUGACCUGCAAUGAUGUGAUCCAACAACAGCCACACUCGUCCCAUCAGCAACCACCACCACCACAACAACAACAACAACAACAACAACAACUGCAACUGCAACAACAACAACAAAUACAGCAGAUUCAACAGCAGCAACAAAAACUACAUCCCCCCACUACCAGCGCCCGUAGCCGGAAACGGUUGGCAAAAGUGUUAGUAGCAUUGGCCGGCGUGUUUUUUUUGUGCUGGCUGCCGUACGCUGCCACACUGCUUUACACAAACUGGUUCAAUUUCACGUCACCUGACAGUUGGACACGUUUGGUCACUGUGGGUACACUGCUGUUUGGCCAUGUGCACUCGGUCGUCAACCCAGUGGUGUACUGGUGGCUAAACCGGCACACGUUGCGCGCCUGUCCGUGGUGCUGGUCGUCCGACGACGGAUUCGACGACGACGACGACGGUGACGACGACGCGGCUGGCGGAGGUUGCGGAGCACUCGGUUGCGCACUCGGUAGUGCCUUUUUGAUACUGAGCUGCAAUCGUGGCGCACGCAAUUGCUCGGACCACGGUGUUGGCAUCGAUUGCGUCGGCGGUGGCGGCGGCGGUGGCGGCGGCGGUGGUUGUGGCUGUGGUGGCAGCGGCAGCGGACCAAAGUGCACCGGAGCCGGCGGCCGGCACUCGCACAAUCACACGCCCACCCGACUCAACCGGUUGCUGUUCCGGCAAUCUAAUAACAACCAUCAGCGCAGCAGACAACCGUCAUCCACCAACGAAGCGGCCCUCGGACCGUUCAACCCGCGAUUCGCCACACCCAAGAAGCGGCCUCAGCAAUCGCCGUCCGUCAAGAACCCCGUCAUGCUGUACUACGCUUAAUCCCCGUCGGCCAGUAGGGUGACCAUAAUAUGUAUAUACGUACCGUUAAAAACAGGACCGCCCGUUUUUCCCAACAACUCCGAACGGGAGUUUCUCUUUUCGUCCCGUUUUCUUUUCGAAAACGACAGUCUCGUUUCAUCCCCGUGUUCCCCGUAAUAUUACACCCCUAAAUUAAAUGAUCUUGUACUGUGUAUCGGAGUUCUUUUUUUUUUUUAGAAUUGAACGAAAUUUGUUCGUCUUGCAUUUGGUUCUUGACAUACCGAGCGGAUUGAGAAAUGUAUUAGUUUUAAAAUUAUGUUUAUUUAUUAUUUUCUGUGAACAACUUUUCUACCAAAAAUUUUGCUCCGAUUUUCAAGUGUCACAUCUUUCCCGAAAGGAAAUGUUCGUGAAGUGGUACUUUAAGGAGUUCAUUUUUUAGAUUUUCCCAGGAGGUUUUCAUAAUAAAUGGCGAAAAACCGGGAGAAAAAUAGAAAAAACCGAAAAAUUUACGAAAUGUAUUAUCGUAAACAUUACGGCGUUUCAAAACUCCGUUCAGGUUUUCGUUAGCAAUGAUUAAUCGUCGCGUAAAGAUAUACAUUGAAUUACUCCUCUGCUCUCCCAACUUUUCACACCCACAACAGUGGCUCACGCAUCGUCCGUUUUUUUUUUUUUUUGUUAUUUUUCUAUACGCAUUAAAAUAUGGUCACCCUAGACCCCGACUACCCGUUAGUUCGUUUGCGUAGAUAUAAUGAUACUUUCCACGCGACGUUGUAAAUGAUACCUACGUGUAUAUUAUGUGUGUCAAUAAAAAUGUGUGUAUUCUGCAUAA